AUGUCUGAGGAAGGUGAAGCACAGAAGAUAAAAUUCAUAUUUUCAAAUGGAGACGUGUAUGAUGGAGAAUGCCGAAAAUCACCUGAGGAUAUCAUAAUGAGAAGCGGUCAAGGAACUCAAACAUCUGCAAGCGGGAUCAUUUACACCGGGCAGUGGAGCAAUGACCAGAUGAAUGGAACCGGCAGGCUGCAGCACCCUUCUGGGGCCACAUAUGAAGGUGAAUUCAGAGAUAACAUGUUCCAUGGAAGAGGGACUUACACAUUUCAGAAUGGAACAAAGUACAUUGGGGACUUUGUGGAGAACAAGUUAGAAGGUGAAGGGGUCUUCACAGACACCAAAGGUAUAGAGUGGAUGGGCAAGUUUCAUUUCAAAACAGCAACUGGACUGAAGCUGAAAUUGGAAAUGUAG